GGCGAGACAGAGCCACAGGUGUAUAGUCACCUAUGCUUCCUGAAUCUCGGAGACUCAACUGGCGGAGGGAACACCUUCUCUCGACUUCAGACAAUGCGCCUACAUCCCAAGGCGGCCAGACGGCAAGGCGCCGAUUCCGCGCUGUGUGGCUGGAAGACUCAAGACACCGAUGACGCAGGGAUUGAACAGUGGAGUUGGCACUGUCGUAGUGAAAGAAGAUCGCUGGGUAAGAAAGGUUUGCCGUUCGCGUGCGGAACGUACCUGCACGUGCAAGAGGUGCGAUGCAGCCUCCUGACUAAGACCAGCGCUGGCCAGCGCAGUGGCCUGGCCAAGCAACCAGAAGCUUCCGGAUGGAGCGAAUGCUCUGAUGUGCGGUUUGGCGACAGUAACGACUCUCCUGGCACGACUGAGCACGCCACCCCUGACUCGUCCCCCGAGGAGGACCAGUGCCGCCUUCCCACAUCCAAGAACAAAGGAGUCAACAUUGAGGAUCUCGUCAACGUCAGAUCAUCAAAGGGACUUUCACCUGUGGCCCACCAGGUGUUGUCCCCUGACCUCCGGAGGACAAAGAGGCUCAUCAACCUAUCGCACCGAACCACUCCCACAGAGCAGGGCCCUAAACACGAGGACUUGACCCAGCCAUCCAGCAGCCCCCCGCUCAGCCUGGAAGCCCUGGGACUGACAUCGCUUCUCAAAGAUGACAGCUUCCGUGGAGGCCACCGCGACGUGGCGGCGCUCAGGGUGACCGCGGGAGAGCUGAUGAGGGCCAGCCACGUCGUGAAGGCCAGGAGCCAGGCCUGCAGCAGCGUGGCGAUGGCAAUCAACCUGGCUACGCUCACCGGUUGGGACAGGAGCUCCGGCGGGUCGCGGCCAGCCGAGGAGCGGCCCGGCAAUGGCAGCCCUCGCCUCCCCCCGGCGCCCGUGCCUACGUUCCACCAUCAGCCGCUUCACAGCAGAAACUCCACUCAGCAGCAAUGCCGCAGCCUCCCAGACAUCUCCUCCAUAGCCUCUCCUCCGCACGAGCAUGGCCCGCACCUGCGUCUACACGACGGCAAGGCGGCCGCACCCGGGGCCCCCGCCGGCCGUCGCGGGACACUCAAGUACGCGUCGAGAGGCGACGGUGGCCGAGCCGGCGGCCCCUCGGAGGAGAAGGCCGCGGAGGCGCUUAGGCACGCGCAGCCCUCCACUACGUGGAGGGAAACGCCCGCGGCGUGUUGGGGCAGGGAGGAGCGCGGCGGUGGCAACGGUGGGAACCAGCAGGUGGUGAGCGCUCCUGGCGAGGCUCCGUUUGCAGAGGGCCGCACGCAGGCCCAGGCAGCUGAGGCCAAGCGACGUCCUCUCCAAAUGCCGCUGGAGCUGCCUCCGGUGCUCCAGUGGCAGACAACCGGCUCUCUCGUCCACCUGCAACGGACGAUUUGACCGCAUGGGGAAGCCUCGCAGCCACGGGACACGGGGGUGCGGGGACGAACACCGAGUCGGUGCUCUGCCGCGUCGGUCACCUGACCGGCGCUCCGGUUAAACAUCGGCAUCUUUCACUCUCUCAGAUUUGUUGAAUUCCCGUAGCUGCAGAACACACAGGGGGUCAGAGGUGCCCAGCCUGCACUCCACGGAUCACGGUUGGUCCGCAAGGCGGUGAUACUGUGGUCCACGGAAACUCGUUGCAGAUGAUUUUAUUUUUCUAUUUAGUUUGUUGUCCUUUCCCCGCACCUCCGAUUAGUAUGGUUGGCUAUGUACGGUGCGAAAGAAGUUCAGCGUACAUGCAUACAUGCAUUCUUUUCACAAAGCACCAGAUUUAUUUCUCCAGGAAAGACUGCGAACCACUGAUCUAGGCCAAACAUUCCACCCAUUAACUUAAUUUGUUUCCGCCUUGCAGUACCCCUGAACAAUAUCGCUGUGGGGCGAUCAUGUACAAGUUACACGUGACUGUAGUCGGAUUACCAAGUGGAAGUAACUGUAACUCCUUAUCAUUAUGAAUGUGCAAUCAAGAUUACAAUUUCCUUCGAUGUAUCGGUUAAUUAUGGUUGUAUGAUUAUUAUGUAUUUACUUGAAUAUUUUUUACCCCCAAAAAUGAUUUAACGUGGUCAACGACCGUGUCUGCAGUGUGAAUUAACGCGGGGACUGUGGCAAAAUCAAAUCAUGACACACGGCCCACAGCCAUCACGGGGCGCGGUCGUUACUUCGGCUGUUUAGACCGAAUGCAAAAAUUCCCUCGUUAUUCACGAGGGACAUGUUCCAGAGAUGCUCGUGAACAACAAAUUUCGGUAAAAAAGACCCAAAGAGUAUGAAUUCCUGCAGUCACGAAAGCUUUAAGUCAAAAGAUAAAAUAAAUAAAUAAUGAUUAUCAUCACUUUCUCGCUCAUCACUUUAUCUCAUCACAUUCUCUUGAUCACUUUAUCUCAUUUUAGUCGUGGAGAGUUGCAGUUGCGAUUCGCGGAUAUAAAAUCGCGGAUAGCAAGUUCGUGGCAGUGGUACACGAGCAGAAUUAACGAAUAACAAAAAAAAUAACAUGGGACCUUUUUAGCCAGUAUUGAAGUCUAACACCGUUUUGAGACUAGGCUCCAAAGAAAGCUGUCUCUAGUGUGGACCAAUCAGUUCCAAAGACAUGCAUAUAUUAUCAGUGUUUUUUUUGCAUUCUGACCACAAGUAUUGUGGUUAAUGCAGACAUGAUUCCUUGUAAAAGGUUUCAGUUUGGUAUUUUAACAUCUUAACACAACUGUUUUGUUGCCAGAUAAAAGGGGAAAACCUAUUCUCAUAUAAAAAAUAAGAAUAGGUUUUUCUUUGUCUGGCAAUAAAAUAAGAGUUGUUAAGACGUUCAAACACCAAAUAGAAACCUUUUGCAAGGAAUCAAGUCUGCAUUAACCACACACAGUACUUGGGGUGAACAUGCAAACAAAUACGUGCUCUGAUAAUUAUAGAUGGCAUUGUCUUUGAAACAGAUUGGUCUACACCAGAGACAGCCUUCUUUAGGGCCUCAUCUCGCUACCAGUGUCAGAGCAUGUUUGUGUUUGCAUGAUCUGUGUGUGGUUAAUGCAGACUCGAUUCCUUGCAAAAGUUUUCUAUUUGGUGUUUGAACGUCUUAACAACUCCUGUUUUAUUGCCAGAAAGGUUAAAAGCUAUUUUUACUUUUUCAACAAAAAAAUGAGUUUAACACGUAGGCUUCCGCAACCAACAUUGCCUCUGUUGUCCACGUGACAACUUAUUGAAUCCGGCUGUGUCGUCGGGUGGAGGAGGAGGUAUACGACAAACAUUGGCAUUUUACUCGCACGGGGAUCUGAUGAAAAAAGUCAACUGUGAGUCGUAACAAAUGAAACCCCACGCAUUCGUCAACAACACCGCAUGGCCUUACGCACAGGAAAUGCAUAACAGGCGACGUUUUGUGCAAUCGCCCUUAUUCCCAGCACACAGAGACACAUUUCUACGCGCAAUGAAGAAGGGUAAUUGCCUGCAACGUCGCCUGUUAUACAUUUUACAGUGAGCGACUUCCGACACACGUCUAAGUAGAAGGCUUUUUAUUUAUUAAGAGCACACAGGGAGAUACACUUCGUAACGCGGCUACACCCCAGCCCAUCUCCGUCUUGCGCUACGCUGGCUGGUUGACGAGCGUAGCGGUAGCGAUGGAGCUGGUCUUGCAAAAGAAAAACCACGUGGUCGGAGACCAACCGAUGAGAACGGCAGUGACGUAACAGCCCCGAAGCUCUGGUUCGGUGCUCCUUAUAUCUGCUUGGCGUGGCCAAGCUCCACCUCUGGCUACGCCCCCUUUCUAGCACCUUCUAGACCCUUCGGGAUGGUUUCCGGAGCUUCUCGACUGACUCCGCCCUUGACCUUUACCCCAGAUACGCCCCUUCAUCAUAAGGCAUUUUGUAAUACAGCUAUAACCGUAAUUACCCUUACAGGCCAGCAGGUGCCACCCUGUCAUUACACAUGUAUUUUUUUAAAGCACGUGUAACUUGUAAUAUGUAACACUCGGCUGCCGCUGUUGUCUGCUGGCGAAGCCACCCUUGGUAUUUUAGAGCUGCGUCGCUCACGAGGCUUCGGCUGGGGAAAUUUUCUUAUUCUGACUGUUCAUGCGUUGCUUUCAAGAAAGAGUUCAGGAAUUUUUUUUUAUAAUCAAACAAUUUUACUUACGUGUAUCACAAACAGUUUGGAUAAUGAUAAUCGUCAACAAACGUGGAAUGGUACGAGGCAUUACUGUGUUUCUUCAGAAAAAGUCGUACAUUAAAUCAACACAGAAUAACAAGAUAAUAAAAAAAAUAUAAUCACAAGGUUAUGAUUGCCACUGAGAGAGACCCUUUACCGCGGUGUGUCAUGUUUUAUUGCGGUGUUCUUCGCUAACUUUCAAAGGAGGGGGGCCACUUUUGCCAAUAAGGCACCACAGUGCAAGGGGCUGCCACACAUUUUAAACCAUUGUUUGGUUUGACAGCAGCACGAUGACGAUGAUGGGGAGUGUUUGUGUAUUGCCACGGGGGGCGCACUAAAGGACAUCAGGGGCUGCCAGUGGCCCGUGGGCCUUGCAAUGAAGAACACUGUCUAUAGGGUGUGCAAAUAUCUCUCAUCCAAGCAGCCUACAGGACUUCUUACGUGAUUGACGUUGAUCUGUCAUAUAUUCGCAAAUGUUGUUAUUUAAAUGUUUACAUUUGGUAUCUAUUUGCAAAUGGGGAAUUUGUUCAUAUUCAACAGUUUUUUUUUAAUUUUAUGUUCAAAAUACAGACUUUGCAAUGCACUGUAUUGUAAAUAUUGCCUCUCGAUACAUCACGACUCAUUGCCUAUGGUAUGAUAUUUAUUGCCACGUUUUAUUCCUGUUUGUAUAAUUGCCACCUUUAUAUAUUACAAAUAAAUGUAACAUGUGCUUAAAUAACUAAACAUACAUGUUAAAUGUAUAUGUAGUGGAAAAGGAUGACAAGUUACCAUUCCGAUU